AUGUUAAUUAAAGAAGGAAAAAUAAGUUUACAAUUUUUUCUUAUAAGUAAUUUACUUGUUUUGUUGCCGAUAUUGGAUUUUAUUUCACCAUUUUUAUUUAUAAUAAAUACUCGUCAAAACAUAAUUUGGUUUCAAUUUAUUUUUUUAUUUAUUUUAAUCGUUUUGUUAAAAUUAUUUUCACGUGGAAUUUAUUUUAAGGUUGGAAUUCGUUCUAUAUUUUUGGGUGGUGUUUUUUCCACUGGCAUAUUUGUAAUAUUAUAUUCGACGAACGGAUGGCAACUUUUCGGUUAUUACAUGUGCAUAAUGUCAUUUUUUCACUAUUCAGAAUUUUUAACAAUUGCAUAUUGCAAUCCGAAAACAUUAUCGAUUAGUUCUUUUUUAAUUAAUCACAGUGUACCUUAUAAUAUUGCUGCUAUCGCUAGUUGGAUUGAAUUUUUUACUGAAAUUUAUUUUUUACCAGGGCUCAAAAGAUAUAAUUUUUUAGCAUGUAUAGGAUUUAUUCUCUGCAUUGUCGGAGAAGGUCUGAGAAAAACUGCCAUGAUUACAGGUAGUACAAAUUUUGCACACAUUGUUCAGACGGAAAAAGAUGAUAAACAUGUGCUGGUCACACAUGGUAUUUACAGUUUAUUUAGACAUCCAAGUUAUGUAGGUUGGUUUUAUUGGUCUAUAGGGACACAGGUUUUACUUUUGAAUCCGAUUUGCACGAUUGCAUAUACGAUUGCAAGUUGGAGAUUUUUCAAUGAGAGAAUUUAUCAUGAGGAACAUUCUCUUUUAUAUUUUUUCGGACAGGAAUACAUGAAAUAUCAAAAAUCUGUCAAAACUGGAUUGCCUGGAAUUAAGGGUUUUUUACUACACGAGCAGAAUUAA